GAUGUGCCUAGUCCUAAAAUGGUAGAAGACUAUCACAAGAUCAUAGGAGAUGUUGAUGUACACGACCAGCUCCGCCUUCAGCGCUUUCCCUCUGAAAUUGUGAUUUUUCUUCAAAACGUACUACAAAGGGUACUGGGAGGGAGUAUUGUCGACCCACCUUGA